AUGGUACUAAUUGUUGGCAAACAUUUGGCGUUCGAUUCUUUGCAGUUGGAUGGCAGUCUCACCAUUUGCUAUGACAUUGAAUGUGUAGUUGACACUAAAAACGUGACAGGGAAACUUGCUGCUGGUGUAAACGAUGGCUGUAUUAGUUGCAGCGAUCAAUUGGUGGGCCAACUCGAAGAAUUAUACGAAACGCACAAGAACAUUUUGGCGACAAGAAGCAAAGUAUUUGCUGCCAUGUUCGAACAUCAGACCACUGAAAAAUUGUCUAAUAACGUAGUGAUUGAAGGCAUUGAUCCGGACGUGUUUCAAGAGCUCCUCCAUUUUAUUUACACAGGCCGGAUGCCUUUGGCGAAGAUGGAACAGAUGGCUAUUGGACUCAUGGCUGCCGCCGAUAAAUAUCUGUUGGAUCAACUGAAAAUCGAGUGCGAAAAUCAUUUGAUUCGUCAAAUGUCUGCUGACGAUUGUCUCGAAUUGCUUCUGCUCACCGACCGGAACCCGCCAGCGGAUGAUUUGAAACAGGCUGCAGUCGAUUUCUUCCGGCGUUCUCCAGGAGAAGUGAUACAAACCGACGGAUGGAAUAAGGCCAAAAAAGAAUUGCCCAUCAAUCAUGCCUUGUGGUCUUUCGCCCUAGAUAUCCUGGAAAAGCAGAAUACGCAGAAUUUACGCGAAUAA